CUGAGAACAAGCCUAAGGCCUUGUAAAGAUCUCCUCUCUCUCUCUCCUCUCUCUCUCUCUCUCUAGCGCUCUACCAAAACUACAUCCCCUUAAAAUUAUUCCAACUACAAAGAAAGAUAAAAGGAAACUAAAUAACGAAGCUGAUUUUACAGUGAAUAUUUUCCAGCAUAAAGAUCCGAAGCCGAAACCUUUCAAGAGAAUAGCUCUCAGAGAAACCCAGCAAUCAGAUUGCAGUAAUGUGGCAUUAAGUUACCAAGAUUUGAAAGUUUUGAAGAUUUUGUGAGAGGCAGAGACUUGGAUUGUGAAGAACAGAGGCGGGUGGAAGGGAAAGCUUUGUGGGCUUUCUUGUGUGUUGUUUGUUUUCGUUGCAAAGUUGGCGUUGACGCUGGAUUAAGGGUUAUCUGGGAGAUUAAGCUUCUAUGGCUGCUACAUCUGAAAGAUGGUUUGAUCGGCUCCAGUUCUCCUCAUUGUUUGGGCCGCCCCCGCCGGACAACCUACGACGGAAGGCAGAAAUUACUGCAUAUGUGGACUACUUUGGUCAGUUUACAUCAGAACAGUUUCCUGAGGAUGUUGCCGAACUGAUCCGCAACCGUUAUCCAUCAGAGGUGAAGCGUCUCUUUGAUGAUGUUCUAGCUAUGUUUGUUCUUCAUCACCCUGAGCAUGGGCAUGCUGUUAUCCUUCCAAUUAUUUCAUGCAUCAUUGAUGGUACCCUGGCCUAUAAGAGCAGUGGCCCUCCAUUUGCUUCGUUCAUAUCAUUGGUCUGCCCAAGCAGUGAGGAGUAUUCUGAGCAGUGGGCUUUGGCAUGUGGGGAGAUUUUGCGAAUUUUAACUCAUUACAAUCGCCCUAUAUACAAGGCGGAACAACAGAAUAAUGAAACAGAAAGAAGCAGCAGUGGAAGCCAUGCCACAACAAGUGACAAUGUUGAUGGUGAAUCCAGCCAUUUACCUUUGGUACAACAAGAGAAGAAACCCAUUAGGCCAUUGUCUCCUUGGAUUACUGAUAUAUUGCUUGCUGCACCUCUAGGCAUCAGAAGUGAUUACUUCCGCUGGUGCAGUGGGGUUAUGGGAAAAUAUGCUGCUGGAGAACUCAAGCCACCAUCAACUGCUUCUUCUCGUGGAUCUGGAAAACAUCCACAGCUCAUGCCAUCAACUCCAAGGUGGGCUGUUGCAAACGGUGCUGGAGUUAUAUUAAGUGUUUGUGACGAGGAAGUUGCUCGCUACGAGACUGCUACUUUGACAGCAGUCGCUGUCCCUGCACUUCUUCUUCCUCCUCCAACUACAGCUUUGGAUGAACACCUAGUGGCAGGGCUACCAGCUCUUGAGCCUUAUGCACGUUUAUUUCAUAGGUAUUAUGCCAUUGCUACUCCAAGUGCCACCCAAAGACUUCUUCUUGGACUUCUAGAAGCACCACCAUCCUGGGCUCCUGAUGCACUUGAUGCGGCUGUACAGCUUGUGGAACUACUUCGUGCUGCUGAGGAUUAUGCAUCUGGCAUAAGGCUUCCUAGGAACUGGAUGCAUUUACAUUUCUUGCGGGCAAUUGGGACUGCAAUGUCCAUGCGAGCAGGUAUAGCAGCUGAUGCUGCAGCAGCUUUACUUUUCCGAAUACUCUCACAGCCUGCAUUGCUUUUCCCUCCACUAAGACAAGUUGAUGGAGUUGAAGUUCAGCAUGAACCUUUGGGUGGUUACAUCUCAAGCUACAAGAAACAGAUCGAACUUCCUGCUGCGGAAGCAACAAUUGAAGCUACUGCCCAAGGGAUUGCUUCUAUGCUCUGUGCCCAUGGGCCUGAGGUUGAAUGGAGAAUUUGUACCAUAUGGGAAGCUGCCUACGGCCUCAUUCCUUUAAGUUCCUCUGCAGUUGACCUUCCUGAGAUUAUUGUUGCCACUCCAUUACAACCUCCGAUUUUAUCAUGGAAUCUGUAUAUACCGCUCCUCAAGGUCUUGGAGUAUCUUCCUCGUGGAAGUCCUUCUGAGGCAUGUCUUAUGAAGAUAUUUGUUGCCACUGUUGAAGCGAUUCUUCAGAGAACAUUUCCGUCCGAGUCCUCUAGAGAGCAAAACCGGAAAACAAGGUACCUUUUUGGUAUGGGGCCAGCCUCAAAAAACCUGGCUGUUGCAGAGCUGCGUACAAUGGUUCAUUCACUAUUCUUAGAAUCAUGUGCCUCAGUAGAGCUUGCUUCACGUCUACUUUUUGUUGUGUUAACUGUAUGCGUCAGUCAUGAAGCCCAGUCCAAUGGUAGCAAGAAAGCAAGAGUUGAUGAAAGCUUCCCACCAGAUGAGAGCAUUGAAGAAUCAGAAAAGAUGUCUGGUAUGCAGAGAGACAGAACUAAAAUGACCAAAAAACAAGGGCCAGUAGCAGCAUUUGAUUCUUAUGUUCUGGCUGCUGUUUGUGCUCUUGCAUGUGAGCUUCAGUUGUUCCCUUUGAUUUCAAAGGGGAUUAAUCAUAGUCACUCUAAAAAUGCAAAAAAUGUAGCGAAGCCUGCCAAAGUAAAUGUAUGCACUACUGAGUUUCGAAGUAGUGUAGACUCGGCAGUUUGUCACACACGCAGAAUAUUAUCAAUCUUGGAAGCACUUUUUUUGCUGAAGCCAUCUACAAUUGGCACUUCGUGGAGUUACAGUUCAAAUGAGAUAGUUGCAGCAGCUAUGGUUGCUGCUCAUGUUUCUGAGUUAUUUAGAUGGUCGAAAGCUUGCAUGCAUGCGCUGUCUGUCUUAAUGCGCUGUAAGUGGGACACUGAAAUUUGCUCCAGGGCAUCAUCACUGUACAACCUUAUUGAUUUCCACAGCAAGGCUGUUGCAUCUAUUGUUAACAAGGCUGAACCGUUGGAAGCACGCUUAAUGCAAGUUCCAAUUUGGAGGGAUUCCCUUGUGUGUUUUGAAGGCAGAAAACUCACUCAAGGUGGAAACAGUAGAUGCACUAUUGUCGGGCAGCCAUCUGCCUUGCAUUGUGAGGAUUUGUCACAUUCAGAAUCUAAACAGAAAUCUGUUGGUGUGUCACGUUCAAAUGAGGGGUCUGGAAAUACCUUUGGUAAAGGUGUUGCAAGUUUCCCAUUAGAUGCUUCGGAUUUGGCCAACUUUCUUACCAUGGACAGGCAUAUAGGAUUUAAUUGCAGUGCACAGGUUCUUCUUAGAUCAGUACUCGCAGAGAAACAAGAGCUCUGUUUCUCGGUUGUCUCACUGUUGUGGUACAAGUUAAUUGCAGCUCCUGAAACUCAACCUUCUGCAGAAAGCACUUCUGCUCAACAAGGAUGGCGGCAGGUCGUUGAUGCAUUAUGCAAUGUUGUGUCAGCAACACCAAAAAAAGCAGCCACAGCAAUCGUUCUUCAGGCGGAGAGGGAACUGCAGCCUUGGAUUGCCAAAGAUGAUGAUCAAGGUCAGAAGAUGUGGCGAAUCAACCAGCGGAUUGUGAAAUUGAUUGUGGAGUUGAUGAGAAUUCAUGAUAGCCCAGAGUCAUUGGUAAUUUUGUCAAGUGCCUCAGAUCUACUUUUGCGUGCCACCGAUGGGAUGCUUGUUGAUGGAGAAGCUUGCACCUUACCUCAACUGGAGCUACUGGAAGCAACAGCUAGAGCAAUUCAGCCUAUGCUAGAGUGGGGAGAAUCUGGGCUGGCGGUCUCUGAUGGCCUUUCAAACCUGUUAAAGUGUCGUCUGCCAGCUACCAUCCGCUGCCUUUCUCAUCCUAGUGCACAUGUUCGUGCUCUGAGCACAUCAGUUCUCCGCGAUAUCUUGCAAGCCAGUUCAAUAAGACCCAACCCUAAUCCGGUGGAGAUAAAUGGUAUCCAUGGUCCGUCGUAUAAGUAUUUUAACUUAGAUGUCAUUGACUGGCAAGCUGAUAUUGAAAAGUGCUUGACAUGGGAAGCACAUAGCAGACUCGCGACUGGAAUGCAUAUUAAAUUUCUGGAUACUGCCGCAAAAGAACUGGGUUGUAGUAUUUCCAUAUGAUAACGAUUAGCUUCUUCCAGUGUAUAAUUUUUUUCAUGUGAGACAUAUACACAACAGAUACUUGCAUCUUUGUUCCUUUUAAAAAGAUACGAGUUUGCAGGUAAGUAGAUGUUCAUUUUGUUCUUGUGGAUAUGAAGGUGUCUAUAUUGUCAAAAUUUUCUUUUCCGACGAGA